GAGGGUCAUUGGUUUUGAUUGCUUUAGUUUUGCUCUUGCAUUGAAUCUUGAACGAGCUGAGAAUUGAGGGAAAAUAUUGAAAACUGGAUAGAGAUCGGAACGAUGAUGGAAAACAAAAGGAGCCCUUGCUCUGUUGAUCAUACCAGUUUCACUUCUUUGGCAUCGAAACGACAGAAGUCCGACUUAUCGAUCCCCACCAAGGAUAAGAAAGAUAAGGUCGGGGAACGAAUUGUGACUCUGCAGCAGCUUGUUUCGCCAUACGGAAAGACAGAUACAGCUUCUGUUCUCUUGGAAGCAAUGGAAUACAUACGGUUUCUUCACGAACAAGUUAAGGUUUUGAGUGCUCCGUAUCUUCAAACCGGGCCGAUAAAUAACAUGCAAGCGGAACCAGGAUGUAGAGCAUUAUAGCCUGAGAAGGCAAGGACUAUGCCUCGUUCCAAUAUCGUAUACCGCCGGAGUUGCUCGUAGCAACGGUGCCGAUAUUUGGGCUCCCAUCAAGACCACAUCGCCAAAAUUCGACAAGGCUAUCUCACCAUUCAAUUGACAUUUUCAUCGGCUACCGAUAGUCUUUGAACAUCACUUGAAUGGAGUUUAAAAGGUAACCAACUUAAUAUCGGAUGUACAAAAUUUCCUAAUGCACUAAUACAGGAUGUUUGUAGGCAAAAACUAUUAGGCCUUGAUCCGUAGGAUUCUGGUAUCGAAAAAUGCAGUCCGACACCUUCGUCGUUUUAAUUCGGUGCU